AUAAUAUUUAUGGGUAAUCAAUGUUUGUCUUGCCUAAAAAAGUUAGCUUUAAAACAAAAUAUAUUGAAAAUGUCUGAAUUACCUUAAACAGAUAUCCAUUAACAAGAUGAAAACUAUACACAAGUGAAUAAUAUAGAUGAAUCGGAAAAUUAUCAUGAACACUCUGAAGAAUAAAUAUUCACUAUCUCAGAUAAUAUAUAAGAAACUAUAGGUUAAUCGAUUGAUAUUUUUCUUUAUAGACUAAAGACGACAAAAGAAUUUGAAGAGCUUUACCAUGAUGAUUAACUUACAAUACUUUUUAAGAGUUUUAAACUUGCAGAGAGAUUCACUGUAAUACAAGUUAAAUAUGAUUUCAAAAUGUAAAAGACUUCUAUGAAAGAAUUUUUAAAUUAUACUUAUCUUACUCAAAUUGAUUAAUUUACUACUUUGCAGACAAACAGCGAAUUCUCAUUAAUAUAUGCAUGUUUCAAGAAAAUUUAAUUCGUUGACUCAAGAGAAUAUGUUUUUAUAAAAUAUUAGAAACAGAUCUCUGCAAAUAAAUAUAUUUAAGUACUGCGUUCUGUUAAAACUGAUUAAUCAGAAUAAAUUACAAGAGGAAUUAUUCAUAUAAGUGGGUUUCUGUUGGAAGAAACUUAAAAUUAAGAAAUAAGAGUUUAGGCUUAUGCUGAAGUAGAUUUUAAAAUCAAAUUACCUCCAGGUAUGAUAAAAAAGGCAUUAUCAAUAGAGCUCAAAAAGGCUCUUUAGUAAUUCAUUUAUUGA